CAUUAUAUGAAGGACAAUCGAGAAAGAAGUAAUACUCAUGUUGAUUCUAGUGGGUAUGAGGAAAUUGUUAAAAAAUAUCGGAGCUAAAAUUAAAAUAGCAUAAUAUCAACUUAAUUGGAAUCCAUUUAAGAAGAUGAAGUUGGUUAAUCUAAUUUUUCAAUUGAUUAAAUGGAAAAGGAUAGUGAAAAAUGCUAACAUCUUCGAAAAUCUAAUGAUAUGGAUUUAGUUAAUCAAAAUGAUUGUAAUCUUUCAUCUCUUAUAUACUUUAGCAAUAUUUUAAUAAACUAUUAGUGAUGAGAAAUUAAAAGAAAUUAAAUAAGGUAAAAAUGAAUGUUGUAUAUGUCAUAAAACUGGCUCACUUAUUCAUAAAUUAAAACAAUGUAAAUUUUGUGGAAAUGUUAUAUGUAAAGAACAUGGAAAGAAAAAAAGAAAAGAUCCAUCUAAUAAUACAAAAUUUAGGCGAUUAUGUGAUAUAUGUGAAGAUAAAUAUAUUAGAUUAAGUGUUGAAACUACCUUUAAAUAAAAAAAAGAUUUCUUAGCUCAAUAAGCAUUAGAAUUAGAUUCGGAGUCUUAAAAACUAUUGAAAGAUAUAAGAACUUUACAGAAUCAAGUUUCAGAAAUAUAAUAAUAAAGUGUUAAAAAAUAAGGAGAAUAUAAGUAAAUAUAAAAUGAACUCAUUUUCAAAACUUAAAAAUUAGAAAAUGAAACUAAGGCAUUUUAAGAGGAAAAUCUUAAAUUAAAAUAAACUAUACAAUCAAUCAAAAAAGAAUUGCAAUAGUUGAAUGAUAAACUUAAUGAAAAGAAUUUGGAUUCUUAUAAGAAAUAAUAACUAUUACAAUAAAUUGAAUAAGAAAUUUAAUCUAAUGAUAUUGAAUGUUAAAAAAUGAUGAUAGAAAUUGAAAAAUUGUAAUUGAAUAUCCAAUCCAAGAAAUAAAAAAAUAAAUAACAACACUCAUAAAAGAAAAUUCAAACUUAAAAACCAGAAUUAAAAAAUUACUAAGAAUAUAUCCUAACUGAUGAUUAACCAAGUAUUUAAUAAUUUAAUCCUUAUAUAAAUGAUAAUAAAAAUUUAAGUAUCAAUAACAGUUAGAAUACAGAAAAUGAUCUUGAACCUGAAAUAUCAAAAAACAUAAGAAAUAAAUAAAAAAAUGAAUCAAAAAUAAACGAAGAAAAAAGUUGUUGUAAGAUCAUGUGA